AUGCCCAAAACGACGACGCCAGCCGCAGAUUCAGAUCCAUAUCCAGAUGCCAUUGCUGACUGUGUUUUGACCGCGUUUGACCAGCUCCCCGAGAAGCGGAAACCUCGGGAGCGUGGUGAUGGCCUGAGGGAAUGGGUUCCACUCGCCGGCAUAGUGGUAUCUCAAGGUACAUACACAAUCGCUCAUGUGAUCCUGGCAGCUGUUCCAUCGCUUACGCUAUGCUCAUGA